AUGAUGGCAGCGCUCGCAGUGCUCGCCUUGGCAGGUGUCCUGAGAUUCGCGGGAGCGGCCACCACCGGGCAGGUCCUGGUGGGUCAGCUGCAAGAUCUCAAGGGCCCCAUGGGGGUGACCUUGACCGACGUGGGCCUUGUGGUGGUGGACACAGACAACCACCGGGUGCUCUUGUGCCCGAGCUGGCAACAGGACUUCCAGCAGUCCGUCUGCAAGCUCGUGGCCGGCACCGGCAGUAGCGGCUUUGAGGCCUCGGAGCUACGGACGCCCUAUACGGCGCUGGCGCAGAUCUCAGAUGCCGGGCUGGGGCUGAUCAUUGCGGACACCCACAACCACCGGGUCCAGUUCUGGGCGCCAGGCGCCUCAGAAGGCAUCACCUUGGUGGGCGGCCCCGGCUUCGGCGCGCCGGGCUACGAUGGCCCUGGGGAGCUAGAAUUCCCCACGGGCCUCGCGAUGGACGAGGUCCGGGGUUUCCUGUUCGUGGCCGACACCGGGCACCACCGGGUAGUGCGCUACCCAAUCGACCUGGCGGCGAUGAGCCUCGGCGCUGGCAUCACGGUGGCAGGCACUUCGAACGUGUCGGGCAGCGCGGGGAGUUUGCUCGACAACCCCACGGCCAUCGCGUACCGGAACGACCGGCUCUACGUGGCGGACGCCAGGAAUAGCCGAGUGAUGACCUGGCUGGUGCGCCCAGAAUUGGUGGAUGCCGAAGUCUCCGCCAGGCGGCUAUCAUCAAUAGAUGACUUCGACGACAACGAGACGUCGGAUGUCAAUGCUAGUACGACCAGUGCAACGCAAACGUCCACCACCACCCGCAGCACCAGUACCAUCACUACCAUCACGGUCACGACUACCACUACAUACACAGGCCCUCGCUACAUGCUGGAGAUGGACGGAUUCCAAGGGCGGCCCUACGGCGUAGUGGCAGCCGAGGAUAGCAUCUACGUGGCGGACGCCGACGGGUGCAUGGUGUGGAAGAAGCUCUACACUGGGGAGAAGUCCGUGGUGGUAGGUAGCGCCUGCGGUGGAUCGCUGAAUCAGAUCUUCUUCCCCGGGGGCAUAGGCGUGGAACAGACCGGUGCCAUCGUGAUCGCAGACAGCCGCAACAACCGGGUGAUUCGCUUCGGCCCAGAGCCGCUCCCAUUGAUCACCAAAUGCACCCUGGGCGGCUUUUGCGAGGUGACGCUCCGACAGGGCCUGCCCACACGCAGGAGUCGUCUGGCCCUGGUGAAGCGCGACGUGCGCUCGGUGUGCGGGGGCCGCUGCAUCGUGUCCGGCCUGGGCGGCGGAACCUGGGUGAGCGUUCCGGCCUCCGAGCCGCCCUACUUGAGCGUGAUGACCUACAAGUUCGGGGUGGCCGGCUACGGCGAGACCAUGCGAGAUUACGUCAUGUGCUUCGGCCCGGAGGGAUUGCAGCAGGAGGUGGACGCGGGGAAUUGCAGCUCCAUGCCCUACGAAGUAGGCCUCGUCAGUAUGCUGCCCUUCUUGGACACCGGCGCCGGCGCGGAGUGUGUCACGGGGGCGCCCUGCACCAUCGAGCUCGACGGGUACGGCAUCCCCAGCACCAUCGUUGUGGCCGCCGUCCUCGACUCCGCCUAUGGCAGUGGCACAGUGUGCGGCACCGGCAGCACGCAGAACUUUCAGGGCUUCAGGUCCUUUGUGCUCAACAACCCAGGCACGCUGGUGGCUCUGGAGGAGCCCUACCUCAGUGAGGGGAACAGGACAGCCAUCGUGCGAGUCUUCUUGGGCGAGGCAAUCUCCUACGGCUCGCAGCUGCUGUGCGUUUGCUACGAAGGCAACAGCUGCGUGAGCCCUAGCCGCUUUAAAGAGCCGGCGGGCUACCUCAAGGUCCGCAGCGCCCUGCCCAGCACCGUCUACUGUCGCUUCAGCCAGAACUGCAUCCUGAACGUCACCGGGCGCUACUUGAGGGACACGGAUACGGCGGUACUCACCUCCACACGGACCACCUGCAGUUCGCUGAGCUUCCAGGACGCCUUGCGCCUGAACUUUGGCUCCCCCGCGGCCAAUGCGUCGGAGGCCUCUGUCAGUGCCUUGAGCGAGAACGACGGGGAGAACUUCGCGCUCUUCGACGUGGGCCUCGUGCAGGAGAACGGCCUCUUCAAGAUCUGCUACUGCGCCUCGUACGACGGUGAGGACGCGGACACCCAGUUCUGCAGCUCUGCCGCGGAAUUCACCCACGAGGGCGGCCGGCUGGCGGUGAUGCGGGUGGAUCAGCAGGACUAUGAGUGCGCCAUGGGGCGAAACUGCUCGCUGGCAGCCAGUGGCCUCUUUAUGAGCGCGUUGGACGUGCUGCUGGAUGCGGGGCCUGGCACGGUGGAGAGCUGCGGCAGCGUGGUGCCACAAGAGGCGGCGAACCUCGGGGGCAUCUUCUUUCAGCAGAACUUCUUUCCGCCUCAGGCCAGUGGGACGUCGGAUCCCGACUCCUCGCAGCUCUUCGAGCUGGUGCCCUUUGCAGUGCCGGGCCCGCGGCAGCUGUGCUUCUGCUCCAACUUCGACGAGGAUCCGGAUUUGCUCUAUGGCUCCAUCGGCGGGCCGUGCAAUGACAAGGGGGAGUUCUUCCAGCCCCUGGGCACCCUCACCAUCCGCGGGCCCGUUGCCUCAGUGCUCUCUUGCGCCGCUGACGCGCCCUGCACAGUCACCGUGACUGGCUCUCGCCUGGCCGCGGACGAUUUGCUCCAGGUCUGUCCGCAGGGCAGCAGCUGUGGCAACAGCACGGCCUGCUCUGCGGCCGGGCCGAAUGCACGUGCCGGGCCGCUUCUCCCGGCGCAGGAAAAAACCGGCGCAUCCUCGGCCAGCUUCGAGCUGGGGUCUUUGCCCUUGGGCAGCUACGUCAUGUGCUACUGCGCCCCCGGUACUGGCGGCACAGCCGAGAUCUCCUGCCAGAGCCCGGAGGACCUGGACAUGCCGGCCGGGGAGCUGCGUGUGCGCGGCGUGCCGAGCGGGCAGCUCUUCGAGUGCGCGGAAUUCACCACGUGCCAGCUGACCGUGGCUGGCUUCGACCUCCUUGCCACGGAUGCUAUCUUGGCAUUGCCCAUCUCCAGCCAGUGCGGUAUGGAACCACAGGCGCAGAUCAACGACUUCAACCCGAGCCCGCGGGUGUCGGCGAUCGCAACCUCCGGCAGCAGCUCCAGUAGAGUCUUCCGCUACGACACGAUUACGGUGCCGGAGCGCUACAGGAUUUGCUACUGUGUGUUUGCGUCGUGCGUCAAUGGAACCGACUUCACGCAGGAGGCGGGGGUCCUCAUUGUGAAGGGCGUGCAGAAGCGGCAAUACAGCGCUACAUGUGCACUAGGUGAGCGCUGCAGCGUGAGCUUCAACGGUUCCGGCCUGGAGCUGGCUACCGACGCCUUGAAGCUGCUGCCCGCCGGCUUCGACUGCGGGGGCGGCUUUUUGCAGGUGUUUGGUGAUGGAAGCAACGGUACGCAGCCACUGCUCGGUGUCUACCAGAAGGGCAGCUUCCUCUUCAACACUCGGAACUUCUACGUGCAGCGUGCCGGCAGCUAUCGGAUCUUCUACAACAACUUCCGGGGGUGGUGGGUCUUCAACACGGACCUGAACACGCAGGCGGAGCCUUUGGCGUGGGCUGAUGGCAGCACCUACACCACCCCGGAUCAAGUGCCCACGGGUGCUUGGCAGGUGUGGAUCACGGAUGACAUCACGGUCAUCGGCGCAGGGUAUUGGUAUGGACACCCCUCCCUGCGUGUGCCCGGAAGCAUAGAGCCCGGCUGGGCCUUCGGUUUAAACCCGACCUCUGCCAUGACGAACGUGGGCAUAGACGCCUUGAUGAGUUUGCCGUACCUCACCAGCGCCACCUUCGACCUCGGCCCCGCCACCACGGCUGGGACCUACAAGAUGUGCUGGUGCCCAACCUGGGACUGGCCCGAGUCAGAGGACUUGCGCGGUGGCGAUGUGGAUACCACGCCCUGUUCCAGUGAGCCCGAGUUCUUCGUGAACAACGGCAUGCUGGCGGUGGGCUAUCUCACCAUCCAGUCGCGGUACCACUGCCUCCUGGGCUCUGAUUGCAGCAUCGGGCUGUCCCUGGCCGCGCUGGUGAACCAACGCGCGGUGCUCUUUCCGGGCACUGCCAGUUGCUCUGAGGCUGACUUCAGCCUCGCCUCGCCGUGGUCUGCGGCGAGGAACGUCUCAGGCGCUCAGCCCACCGCAAACUGGUCCGUCUUCGAGUUCGGGAACGCCUCCAGUGACGGGUACUACCAGAUUUGUGUUUGCACCAACUACGACGACGGCCUAGAUGGUAUGACCUGCAGCCGCUUCAGCGAGUUCUACGAGGCGGCGGGCUCGCUGACGGUCGCCCCCGAGGUGUCACUGCUCUUUGAGGCGGGCAUUGCGGCGGUCCUCAACGUGAGCCGUGGAACUGGUUUGGCUGCCUCCGACAGGCUGCUCUACCUGCCGGGUCUUCAGUGCAACGUGUCCAGCGCAGGCUUGUCUCCGGUGGCCAGCCCUGCGCAGGUGGAGGCCACCGGGGCCUGGGCCAGCUAUGGCUUGGGCGCCGGCGGCACUGAGCUCACCAGCGGCCUUUGGGUGGCGUGCCUUUGCACAGACUUCGACGGCCCCGAUGCGGAUCAGGUGGCAUGCAACGACUUGGCGGAGUUCUCGGUGCCGGUGGGAAAGCUUAAGGUCACGGCGGUCCAGGGGCCUCAACUCCAGUCCAGCGUCUCCAGCAGCGUGGUAUUGAGGCUCACGCUGUCCCGUCGCCUCUCGGCCGUGGACGCGGCAGUGGCGGCCCUGGGAUACGAGCUCGCGGUUGCGCUGGAAACGGCGCUGCAGAGGUCUUUGGAGACCUUUCUCGGCGCGUCCCCCGUGUCCGUGCGGGUGACAGGCGUGUCACCCUUGCGUGGCACUGGCAGCGUGGACGUCACAGCCAACUUUACCGCGACACUCAGCGCGGCAGCCAGCGACCACCUGCUGGAGGUCCGGGACUUCGACAACGCCAGCUGCCCCGUGGAGCUGCUGGAGCCCCCGUGGGCGCAGGCGGCCGUCCCCAGCGCUCCCUCAGCCGAGCUGCUGCUGGGCUGCCUCCGUCUGGCGGAGGCCCUGGACGCGGAAGGCGCCGCAUUCCAGAGCGUGCUGGACGCAGAGUUGCAGAGCGUCGCCAUUACCGGCAUCGCCUCACCACAAGUGGUCAGCUUCGGCCAGUUGCAGGCACCCGUCUUGGGCUACCAACCGGCUGAGUUCCGAUGCGCCCGCGGGGGCACGUGCCAGAUCCGGGUGCUGGCGGCGGCCGGCGUGGGCACUGUGCCCGCCUUAGGGCGGCUCCUGGUUUCAGGUGACAGCUGUGGCCUGCAGGAUGGCGUGCCCAAUGCCCCUGCAGGGCUCAUUGCCAACAACCCUGUUGACGCCAGCUCUGGCACAGCGAGCUCAGUGCGAGUGGUGGAUACGGGGGCGCCUGAGUUGGAGGGCAGCUUUACGCUCUGCUACUGCGCCGGCGGCGACAGCGGCAGGGGUGCCUGCGGGUCGGAUCUGGACUACUUCAGCCAGGUGGGCACUCUGAUCGUGCGAGGGCCGCCGGCCAACUUUGAUGCCUUCUGCGUGGUCUUCCAGGAUUGCCAGGUCCUUUUGCGGGGAGUGGAGCUCUCGGUCUGGGACCGCCUGCUGGUGAAGGAUGGAGGCAGCUGCUACGACUCAUCUGCCGUUGGCUUUCAAGCUUCCAGCUACUUCGCCGUGAACCCCGCAACGCUGCCAGAGUGGAAGGAUUCCGAUGAAUGGAUCUUCGACCUCGGCGCUGCGAGCCAGACGGGCGUGUACCAGCUCUGCUACUGCGCCAGCUACAGCGCCACGGGUUCCGUGCCGUGCCAGUCGCCCAGCGACUUCACAAUGCAGGCGGGUCGCCUCCGCGUGCGGGGCGUGCAGCAAAGUGGCCUCAGCUUCUCCUGCGUGAAGUCUAGCAAGGGCGACGGCGAAGCUCCCUGCACUCUGCCCGUGGAGGGCACGGGGCUCAUGGCGGCACAGGACAAGAUGCUUCUGGUGCCUUUCUCCAACGGCUCCUCUUGCGGUGAGGUCGCAGCCUCUAGGAGCUUCGGUGUCAGUCCCAACCCCGUCGCCUUGGGCUUCGACAACGUCACGGUAGAGCCCUGGGGUGCCGUUGACGCGGCUUCCCAAGCCGUUUGGCAGUUGACAAGGUUGGAGACUCCUGGGGAGUACCAGGUCUGCUACUGCCCCGACUCCCCGGACGGAUCUUUGGAUGGCCACGGCGCCUGCGACAAUGCGUCGGGCUUCUAUCGCGAGGUGGGUAGCCUGACGGUGCGUGGGGCGGAUGCCGGUCAGAUGUUUCUCUGCGUGCCGGGCAACCCCUGCGACGUGGUGGUCUCGGGCGUGCUCCUAUCAAUGAACGACAAGGUGCGAAUCGUGGGACCUGAGGACAGCUGCUCUUUGGCGAACCCCUUGCUCAUUGCCACGGAGCAAGAUUUCAUCGCGGCGACCGAGGCGAACGACACCUCGGCCAGUUUCCAGCUGGGCACAUUGCGGCUGCCGCGGCAACACCCCGCGGCGGUGCGGCUCUGCUACUGCGCCGGCUUCAACGCCGACGAAGAGGGCGCAGCCUGCACCAACGCGAGCGACUUCACCCACAGCGCGGGGGUGGUGAACGUGCCCAUUUGCCCUGCAGCUCCGGCGGCGUCCUUUGCGCCGCCCGUGGAGGACAUCUAUGGCGAUCCAGGAGACGGACGUUUCCGCCUGUUUUCUUUGCCAGAUUGGAUGUGCGCAGAUCUGGACUCGAGGACGCCUGCGGACCGGGCUCGGUAUCAGGAAGCUCUCGCUUUGGGGCAAUCUCUCGGCGCCGAGGGCAAGGGCGGCGGGGAGGCCUUCGAGGAUCGCGUGGUGUCCACACGGGUAAGGCAAUGCUCUCCGGGCAUCCCGGCGGAGGUGCCGAGGGCGCCCAAUUUGAACACCUCGCUGCUCACGCUGUCCAUCAUCGGUGGCCAAGACUCUGGCGCGGCAUACCACGGCCUGCUCAUCGAGCAGGGCUUCAAGCUGCACGGCGUGCCCAGCCUCUCCGACAGCAGGGGCAACAGGCAGAGUUGCCCCGCCUGGGAGGUGGAGAUCGUGGCGUUCGGGUGCGGCUGGGCGGCGGCAUGGACGUUCGGAGGGCUUCUGCACCUCGUCCUCUUCUUCACCUUGGCCUGGGCCUGCCUCAGCAACCAGAUCUUCUACUGUGGCGCCUUCUGCAAGUUCACAACCCAGGUAGACCCCAUCGUGGCGGAGGGCGAUGAAGAGGAAGCAGAUCAGGAGAAGGAAGCCUUGCGAGCAGCUGCCAGCGUAGCCCCGGCAGCCGUCGAUGCCACGCCCAGCGUGAAGGCUGCGUUUGCCCCGGGUGUCGCCUCCUUGGAAGAGGACGAGCCCUUGCGCGUGCUCUUGAGCGCCAGGACUGCCUGGAUUCUGGCGCUGCUGCGGGUGGGCACGUUAGCGGUGCAGCUUGUGUGUGUGCUUCUGGGCGCCGGCAAUGUCGCGGUGCUGUACGUACUGCCGGUGCUUAUGGCUGUCAUCAACAUGCUUACUCAGGUCGCUUUAGUGGCGAAGGCUUGGGGCCGCUCCCGGCUUUGGCGGUGCCUCCGCCGGCCGCAAGACCUCUUCCACAGCUUCACCUUGGCAUUGAAGCUCCACAUGGACAUGGCGAUCCCCUGGCUGGCCAGAAGCCACCACUCAGAGCUUUGGCGCGCCAUUGCAGUGAUGGUGACGCUGGAAAUGCUGGUGCAGGUGAUCAUCCCCACCUUCAGCGUGCUGAACGGCCUGCGCCCGGGCCGGCGACGCAUGCCGGCCCAGGCGCUGUGGCGCUCGGGGCUGCUGAACCCACGGCCUCGGUGCCCGGAGAGCCUGGAGACGCUGGAGGUGGAUGUCAAGGAUGAGAAAGUGCAGGGGGUGAUGGAGGAGCUGUCUCCCAAGCGCCGGGGCUCGGUGCAGUGGGGGGUGGCAGCACAAAAACAAAAGAGCGACCCCCCGGUUCGGCGCGCGUUCGCUUUCGGCAUGCGGCUCCGGGUGGCGCAGUGCAGCGGGCAGCUCUGGGACUUGGAGCUGCCCAGCGGCAGCCGCGGCAGGGACCUGGCGGCGCGCGCGCGGAGGUUUUUGCCUCACCUGGCUGCGCUGGUCUCUCCGCAGGGCCAGGUCUUGCAGGAGGACACCGUGCUGGAGUCAUGUCUGCAGGAGGGGGACACCGUGACGGCUGUGGCGAGACAGGGCACCUUGGUGUCUCGACCCUGGGCCAAAGCCUUCGCUUACCUCCGGCCCGACGGCACGGUGGCCACCUGGGGUGAGCCCGACGCGGGGGGCGACAGCAGCCAAGUGCAGGCGCAGCUCAGCUCUGUGCAGCGUGUGGCCGUCUCCUGCGGCGCCUUCGCGGCGCUCAGAGCCGGCGGCGUGGUGACCUGGGGCAAACCGGAGGCCGGAGGCGAUAGCCAGCGGGUGCAGGACUCCUUGUUCCGCGUGGAGCAGAUCUGCGCCUCGCUGGGCGCCUUCUGCGCGCUACGCAGCGAUGGCCACGUGGUGACCUGGGGCAAUCCCGCCUGCGGCGGGGAGAGCAGCGCUGUGCAGCACCAGCUGACCAAUGUGCGCUUCAUCUCAGCCUCCUUUGGCGCGUUCGCCGCCGCCACAGAGAAUGGCAUCGUGUGCUGGGGCCAGAAGCGGACCGGUGGCGAUGGGCGCCUGGUGCAACACGUGCACGAUGUCCAAAGCAUCUUCGCCACGACUGCCGCCUUCUGCGCGCUGCGAAGCAACGGCCAAGUCGUGGCCUGGGGCCACCAGGCGCUCGGUGGCUCUUGUGCCGCCGUGCAGCAUCGCUUCGGUGCUGAAGUGGUGCAGGUGGCGGCGUCUGGGUCCGCCUUUGCAGCGCUGUUGGGCAACGGAGAGGUGGUGGCUUGGGGUGACUCGACGCAGCUUCCGGCUACAGAGCUCAAGGACGUUUCUCGUCUCUUCGCCAACGAUCGCGCCUUUGCAGCGAUCAAAGCCGAUGGCACUGUGGAGACAUGGGGCUGUAGCCAGCGGGGCGGCAGCGGUGAAACCCGCGAGCUGAGGGCUGUGGACAUCCAAGCCACGGCCAACGCCUUCGCGGCAUUGCGCAGCGACGGCACCUGUGUGACCUGGGGCGAUGCCCAAAGCGGCGACCCCUCCGAGCUGAAAGAUCUCUUGCAGCUCUGCGGCUCCUGCGAUACCUUCGCCGCCCUGCGCGCGGAUGGGCGCGUGGUAACCUGGGGACAAGGCAUCACCCGGGUGCUGGAUGUGGAUGACCGCUCGCUGAGAGUGGAUCAGCUGGCUAUGGAGAAGCUGCCGAAGGGCGUGGUCGUGCAGAGGGGGCGCAUCGGCCUUGAGGGCGUUGCCACGAGCAGCGAAAUGACCGCGGUGAACAUCGCCGCGCGCCGCAACUCUCAGGUGGUGUCGCAAGCUCGCAGGAAGAAAGGCCGCCGGGCCUCCGUGGAGUUCCUGGCGUCCGGCCUGCUGCUGCAGGAUGAGCGGACGCCAUCUAAGAUGCGCCGCGAUUUGGAGGAGGAGCGGGCGCCCACAAAGGGGAGCAUGGCCAGUCUCAGCAGCUCGCGCAAGGAGCGGCAGCUGCAGCGGGAGCAGCUGGUGCUGCACAUGUUCCGCAUGAAGGCACUGGAGGAGUACUUGGACACCCCAAAGCCAAGGCGCUGCUGCAACUUCACAGCCUGCAUGGCCUGGCUGGCCAGCCCCUGCCUUUGGCUGGGGCGGCGGAUGAAGCUUCUGCAUUGGUCCGUGGCGGCCUCCUGCAACCGACCAGAGGCGGAGCCUCCGGAGGAGUUCCGAAGACGCCGGAUGGUAGGGCUUUGGUCCUACUUGGACAGCUCGGGAUGGUAUGUGGCGUCUCUGCAGUUCCGCAAGCCCGCGGAGAGCGCCGGCGGCUUUCAGCUGCCCCACUUCGAGGACCGUCCGGCUUGCAUCGGAGCUGCUGUGGGCGGCCUGGAUAUUGCCGUGCUGGCGUUGGCACUGGCUGGCAUCUACUUGCCGCGGUUGAGCUAUGAUGAGGUGGUCUUCUUGCUGCUUGCAGCCAUCACCACGGUGGUGCAGGUGGGAAGACCCGGCAUCUUCCACGCCGCCAGCAGUAUGGCAGAUGACCUGUUCGUGAACCCGGAGGAUUUGGUCUCCUUCACGCUGUGUGCUGUACUGCUACGCUGCACCACAGUGUCGGUGACGGGCUUUGGCUGCGUAGGCUACAGUUGGUUGGGCUACCUGCUGUGGACCUGCUCCGUCAUUAUCUUGGAGCUGCCACUGCUGCUCUUUUGUUGGCGGAGUUGGCCGAUUCUGUGGAGUAUCAUCACAGGCAAGAAGGCGGCCUGGCCUGGAUCGCCGUGCAGAAACUUCCUAGAACUCUUUGUGCCCUCCCACUUCAAGGAGAAGGACCAAGUAGUUCCCUGGAUGCGGAUGCAGGCGCGGGCGGCCGAGCAAGUGCCCACAGUCCCGGCCGGAAGCCGAGCAGCCGGGCAGCGAGAGGGCGAGAGGGCGCCUGAGCUGCCGAAUCUGCGCGAGGCUGCGCACAUGGUCCUCGCCCUGCGCAAAGAGCAAGGUGCAGAGACGCGGCAGCUGGACGAUCCGGCAGAGCCGUGCAUGGCUGCUCUCUUUCAGCUGGUGGAGGACAUUGUCUACGGCGUGCCCAAGGACCUCAGCGAAAGGAUCCUGCAAAAUGCCGACGGGGAGAUUGCCAAGCUGUACAACCUCUUCGUGGACCUGAAUCGCCUGCCACAGCGGCAGGACAGGAAGCGCCGUGUGCGCAGGCUUCUAGCGGCCAUGAGAUACGUUGAGCAGCUUUCAUCGCUGUGCCAGUACAUGGGGCCAUUCACCAGGCUCUCCUUUGAUGAGCUGCACGCCCAGAUCCUGGUGGAGCUUUGGCUUGCGCGGUCCAUGGUUCGCAUGGACACCUUGCUGCGCAGCAGACACUUCAGACAAGGCUGCUUGGCCAGCCGGUGCCAGCUACUGGAGGCGCAGCUUCCCACAGCGCCCAGGCUGUGGCUGGUGCACUGGCAGACCCUCCAAGGUUUGGGGCGCCUGCCGAAGGCUCGGGAGUUCCAACAUCUCACCUUAGCCACCGCCGCCCACCAGGCCCAUGGCAGUAAGGCGGUGGUGCUCUUGGCGGUGCACCGGUGGCGCAGCGCCAACUCGGUGGACCCGCAGAAUGUGACCUGGCGCCAGCUGGUGACCUUCGCGAGGUGGUACCGGUCACGCUGGGGCCAGGAGUUGGAGGUCUACUUUUGGAUCGAUUCCUGCUGUGUCCCGGAGCUGCGGGCCCGCUUGCCGGAGCAGGAAGCAGAGACCAAAGAAGACAUUUGGGUGACGGACGACGAGGAGGUGGAUGCGCUUCCCACAGCGCCGGAAGCUGCGGCUGGGCGCAGGAGCUCCUUUGCCACGCUUAUGGAGAAGCGAGGUCUCUCCAACCUCGCCGCCUGGUCCAAGGCCACCGGCGAGAAGCUGGAUGACCAGCCGGACGCAGAGGACGAGGAGGAGAUUGACGAGGCCUUCCAAGAGCUCGUGGCCGCCGGGCGCAAAGAAGACGCGGACGUGGCAGGCCUCGACGCGAUGCUGCCGGCCCUCUUCGCGGCCAUGGAUGGCGUGGUGCUGUGCAACUGCCACGACUUCGAGCAGGACGCCUGGUGUCGUCUCUUCCUCUCCCUCGCCUAUGCCUUUCUUCCGAGCGGGCGCCUGAUCUACGAGGUGGAGCGGAACCUCGUACACAUCAGCAGGGCAAUGCGGGCUCGCCAGACAGAGGCCGGCCAGGAGGAAGACGAGGCCAAGAAGCAAAGCGAGGAAAAGAUUGAGCUGCCCAACGCUUUGCAGUUAGAAGAGGCCGAAGGCAAUCGCCCGGCCAUCGCCGAAGUGGCGGAAGACUCGGCAGAGGCGGCCAAUGCGUCGGUUCGCCUCCGGAAGUGCCUGAAGUGCCUGAAGUGCCUGAAGUGCCUGAAGUGGAGGCGCCAAAGCCCGCAUUCAUGGAGGAGUGUCUCGACAGGUUCCUCUCGGGCGCCGAAGCCCAUAGCCGAGAAGAGCUCCUGCUGGCGCCUACGGACUGGGAGAACCUCCUGCUGGAGCAAGCCGAGGACAAGGGCCGCAUCCAGCGGCUCACCUCAGUGGCUUUGGACUUCCCCACCUUGCGCACCGACACGGGCUAUCGGCGAAUCCCCAUCUCGUAUGGCGAGACCCGUGCCCUCCUCUGCAGCCUCCGUGGCCCCCGGCCGGCGAGGGCCUCGCGGUCCCGCGGCCGCGUGCAGACGACGCAAGAGGAGGCGUCCAGCAGCGAGUCAGAGGAAGAGCUUCCCGAGACCCGCGAGGUGGCACUGA